AUGUACUCCAGGAGUGUCUUUCGAAUCCUCCUAUCACAGACGAUUGGAGGCCUGCUUUUUGGUUUCACCGGAGGUCAACCGUUGACGGUACUUCUCACAACAGCACCGCUCGCUCUCUACGUAAAGUUAAUAUAUACUGUGACGGUGACAUACGACUUGGAAUUCUACGCGUUCUUUGGGUGCGUGGGACUGUUCAACGCGGGAUUCCUCUUCAUCUACGCCGCCUUCGACGCUGGUCGUAUUAUGCGAUGGUCUACGAGGUCAACAGAGGAGAUAUUCGCCAUGUUUGUGUCGAUCGCCUUCCUCGUAGAAGCAUAUCGUGAUGCAGCAAAAGAAUUUUAUGCUCACUAUAUUGACUGUAUCCCACCAAGUCAGUGCCUGAAACCGAGUGACCUUGCAAUGGCAAAACUAGCCAAUCAGUACUCAAUGCCCAAUAAUCACUCCUUAGACCCAUCUGCAUUUUCCACAGCCUCAUACAACUAUUCUUCCAUCGCCCAACUCCUUAGUCCUCUUGCAAUGAUGCUCAAUGACAGUAGCAAUGUCGAUGCGACAGCUUCCAAUGCCACUGCUGUAGACAAAGCCGUCUGCAAACCUGAGGUCGCCAUUCUCUAUCUACUGCUCCUCGCUUGCACCUUCUGGAUAUGCACUUCCAUGCUCAAUUUCACCAAAACGUAA